CCAACUCAAACCACCUCAAAUCUUCAAAACAAAAAACAAAAGCGGAAAACAAAAAAGAAUCACCGACCCGGAGCCACCCUCCACUCCCGAAAGAAGCUCACGCAUAGAGCCAAGAAGACCACCCCUUCUCCUUCUCAUCUCUUCCUCUUCCUCUUCCUCUUCCACUUGGAACCCAAAACCCAUGAUGGCCUCCCCAACUCUUCCCUCAGGAGGAGCCAACCACAUCACCAGAACCCACCAAUUGAAUCCCCUUUUGAGCCUCAACAGCUCAAAAUCUAUCAAACUACUAAGAAAAACUCCACCCAUCCAUUGCUCCACCUCCUCCCAGUCCAUCCUCAACCUCCCCACCCAAUCCUCUUCCUACUUCCCACCUUCUCUUUAUGUCGUCAAGGAGGACUCGCCGUCGCCGGAGACUAAGACCGAUCAGCGGAAGCACCGCCACCAGACCGGGCGGCCACAGUGGAAUUUCCUCCAGCGGAUGGCCGCCGCGGCGCUCGACACCGUCGAGGACGGCUUCAUAUCGAACAUGCUCGAAGGCCCGCACCCGCUGCCCAAGACCGCAGACCCCUCCGUCCAGAUCGCUGGCAACUUCGCCCCCGUCGGCGAGCAGCCCCCCCACCAGGACCUCCCUGUCUCCGGACGGAUCCCGCCGUCCAUCAAUGGGGUGUACGUGCGGAACGGCGCCAACCCGCUCUUCGAGCCGGUCGCCGGCCACCAUUUCUUCGAUGGCGACGGUAUGGUCCACGCCGUCCACCUCCGCAAUGGCCGCGCCAGCUACGCGUGCCGGUUCACCGAGACGGAGCGCUUCCGGCAGGAGAGCGCGAUCGGGCGGCCGGUCUUCCCCAAGGCCAUCGGUGAGCUCCACGGCCACUCUGGCAUCGCCCGCCUCCUCCUCUUCUACGCCCGCGGCCUCUUCGGCCUCGUCGACCCCUCCCACGGCACCGGCGUCGCCAACGCCGGCCUCGUCUACUUCCACGACCGCCUCCUCGCCAUGUCGGAGGACGACCUCCCCUAUCACGUCCGCAUCACCCCCUCCGGCGACCUCGAGACCGUCGGCCGCUACGACUUCGACGGCCAGCUCCGCUCCGCCAUGAUCGCCCACCCCAAGCUCGACCCGGCCACCCGCGAGCUCUUCGCUCUCAGCUACGACGUCAUCCAGAAGCCGUACCUCAAAUACUUCCGCUUUUCCCCCGACGGCGAGAAGUCGCCGGACGUCGAGAUCCCCCUCGACCAGCCGACCAUGAUGCACGACUUCGCCAUCACCGACAAUUUCGUCGUGAUCCCCGACCAGCAGGUGGUCUUCAAGCUCCAGGAGAUGAUCCGCGGCGGCUCGCCGGUCGUCUACGACCGGAGCAAGACCUCCCGCUUCGGGAUCCUCCCCAAGUACGCCGCCGACGCGACGGAGAUGGUGUGGGUCGACGUCCCCGACUGCUUCUGUUUCCACCUCUGGAACGCAUGGGAGGAGCCCGCCAGCGGCGAGGUCGUCGUCAUCGGCUCCUGCAUGACGCCUGCCGACUCCAUAUUCAACGAGAGCGACGAGAGCCUCAAGAGCGUGCUGUCGGAGAUUCGGCUCGACCCGGCGACCGGCAGGUCCACCCGCCGGCCCAUUGUCGCCCCCGGCGACCAAUUGAACCUCGAGGCCGGAAUGGUGAACCGGAACAAGCUCGGCCGGAAGACCCGCUACGCCUACCUGGCCAUCGCCGAGCCGUGGCCCAAGGUGUCGGGCUUCGCCAAGGUCGACCUCUUCACCGGCGAGGUGGCCAAGUUCAUCUACGGCGACAACCGGUACGGCGGGGAGCCCUACUUCCUGCCGAGGGAUGCGACAUCGCCGACGGAGGAUGACGGGUACGUGCUCACCUUCAUGCACAAUGAAACGACGUCGGAGUCGGAGCUGCUCAUCGUCAACGCCGCCGACAUGCGGCUCCAGGCAUCGGUCAAGCUGCCAUCCAGAGUUCCCUACGGCUUCCAUGGGACAUUCAUCAACUCAAAGGACUUGGAGUCACAGGCAUAGAAGAGGAGGACGUCAGUCUUCUUUCUCCUUCUUCUCCUUCUAUAUCUAUCUUCUUCCUUUUUGGGGGAGGGGAGAUUUUUUACCAGAGGGAUAUGCUUCACAGAGGUCCCCGGAGUCUCCCCGGUUACUUUAUUCUGUUUGCUCUUUCACGUUUGCUUUUUGCCGUUGGUUUAAUCUUUCUACGGUUAGUAGAGCACUUAGAACUCUGAGAGAGAGUCGAGACCAGCUCGUAGCUUUAUUUGGGGCUGUAGUUAGGUUUGCCGAGCUCAGCUGGUCUCUGUUAUUCUUUCUUUCCCUUUCCCCCCCCUUCCUUCUCAGUUUACAGGUAGCGAGACGGCUGAGGAUGAUAGCUUUCGUUUCCACAAUAAUUCUCCUCACGAUCUUCUCACGUCCUUGUCUAUUGUGUGAAGGGGGAUCAUGUAUUCGUGUGUAGGGAAGCACAGGGCCCCUCUCCUUGCCUUCCCGUGUUUUGUGAAUAUUUAUUUUUCAGAAUAUUAUACAUACACAUAUGUUGUUGUUGUUAUACGUAAUCUCUCAUACGGUGUUAAAAGAAUGAAAUUCCAAUCUCUCCCCCCUUU